UGUAUUGUGUGGUUGUUCCAUGUUAAUGUCUGUCUGGGAAUAACUAGUGUCUAGUUACUGGUACAAAGAGUUUGUGCUUUGUAUAAUACUACUGGUCUAGUACUUAAUCUGUGGUAUGUCCACAGUCCGCAAUCCACAGUUCUCUGUUGUGAAUAUCAUGUUUUAGUAUUCACUAAAUAUUUGUAUUUCAUUAAAUUGCAAUUCACGCUGAACGAAAAAUUAUACUUUGCCCAAAUGAAUACCAUGACGAAGAUAUGAAAAAGUAUUAAAAGAUAUAAAAAAGUAUCAUAACAAUAAUUGUUCAGGUGUCGCAAUUAUGACCGAGCAUGUGGAACUGCAACAUCUUGUGGACCUCUCAACGGGCAGCGGUGAUGAAACUCUACCCAAUCUAUUGGAAAACAAAAGACCGCUGAUUAAAAGAUGCCCGUACCUCGGACUAUUGCUCGCUACCUUAUCAUCGCUGUUCUUUUCACUAUGUUCUGUUAUUGUGAAAAGUCUAGUCAACAUCGAUCCAAUGCAGCUUGCGAUGUUUCGGUUUAUUGGUGUCUUACUCCCGACAAUACCAAUUGUAAUUUACACAGAACAACCAAUAUUUCCUCAAGGUAAGAGAAUUCUCCUUAUACUUCGAUCAGUCGUCGGGACAGUGGGACUAAUGUUAAGCUUUUAUGCCUUUCGAAAUAUGCCACUGGCUGAUGCCUCUGUGAUUGUUUUCUCUGUACCUGUAUUUGUAGCAUUAUUUGCUAGAGUGUUUUUGAAAGAGCCCUGUGGUAUAUGGAACACGAUUUCCAUAAUUCUUACUUUAUUGGGGGUCAUACUGAUAACUCAUCCACCAUUCCUCUUUGGAAGUGAACAAGUUGAAAUAAAUCAGAAUUAUAAUAGUUUGAGAGGUGCUGUGGCUGCAUUUGUUUCAACAAUAUUUGGAGCUAAUGCUUAUGUACUAUUAAGAGUACUAAAAGGUUUACAUUUUUCUGUAAUUAUGACCAAUUUUGGUGCUAUAGCAAUAUUACAGACAUUAUUUUAUUCAUUUAUUUUCGGUAUCCUUUGUAUGCCGAACUGUGGAACAGAGAGAUUUUUGGUUGUAUGUCUAGCUUUAUUUAGUUAUUUAGGACAAAUUUUACUCACUAUGUCACUGCAAAUGGAGCAGGCAGGUCCAGUGGCUAUUGCUCGAUCGGCUGAUAUUGUUUUUGCUUUCCUCUGGCAAGUGAUGUUCUUUGAUGAAAUUCCAAGCAAGUACUCUGUAUGCGGGGCUGUGUUAGUAUUAAGUUCAGUUUUGUUAGUGGGCAUACGUAAAUGGGCUCUUGCACUCCCAGCUGAAUCACAUUUAAGAAAAAUGUUAGGUGUUUUUGCACAGUGAAUAGAACAUAAGCUAUUUUUCAUACACUACAAUGAUGUAGCUAUAAGCUUGUUGUAACUCUUGAAAAGUAGGGGAACCUCCUUCGAUAAUGAUUAAGAAAAUACAAAAUAAUUUUAGUACUCACCACUCAGUAUUAUAAUAAAAGAUAUUUGAUAACAUUUUAGAACAUUAAAUCCUUGUAUAUAAAUAUAAAGACUGAGUAUUGAACAUAUAAUCAUGCUUUCUUAUAUUGAAUUACAACAUCAAAUAAAAGAUGUUUAAAAAAAGAUUAUAUUGUACUCAGCUUAGCAUUACUAACAUUGCAAUAAAAAUUUACAUGCCAAUAUUUAAAAAAAUACUGAUAUUUUCAUUUCCCAUAGGGUCCCAUUUAAACUUUUGGGUACCAAAUCUUUAAAAAAAAAGAAAACUUGGCACCAUAUAAAGUCAACCAUUUCCAGUAUUAUUUUUUUGCCAUUAAUUCUCGAGUUAUUUUUAGAUUAACAUGUGAAAUGUGGCAUAUUAUUUUAGCUAUUUCAAAGACACUAACUAAUUAUGGUAAUCAUAACCCUAUUACAUCAAAGUUUUGUGUAAUAUCCACCCUAUGAGACUGUUCAGAAGGUCGAAAUUGUGUUGUGUACUUUAAUCUUAAUAUAACUAGUCACAAACUUUACAUUAUCAUAUCAUAAGAAAUUAGAAAAUUAUUUAUUUUAAUUUUUAGAUAUAAUAAUUUAGUUUUAUGAAAGAGAUAUCCAAAGACACCUGAGUUAUAUUUUUGAUUAUAUUAAAAAUUGUAGUAUAUGCAAAAAAAGCUUUUAAUACAGCAAUAAAAUAAAAGUGCAAUAUUUAGUUAGUACAAUGACAUAUUUUCUAUAACAAAAUAAUGUUUUUAUCCAGUUCAUUAACUAUGAAGAUUGAAGAGAAAGUGCUUAUUUGUUGUUUAUCAUAUCAUCAUAUCCUUCAUUUAUGAUAAAUAUUAUUAUCAACAUUUGCUGCUCUGUGUUCCUCAAAUUCCUUAGAGGUUUUUAGUGUGCGUGCAAUAAUAUCUAGCAGGUCUUGCAUGUUAAUAAUAUAAGAAAUGGUUGUAUUUAAUCAUGUUUGAAAAAUUUAAAAUUUAAUGCCAUUUGUUGACAUAGAAUUCAACAUUGUAUGGGUUUUGUUCUAAUUUUCUAGUGCAAUAAAAAUACUCCUGUGUUUUUCAUAACAAUCAGUUUGAUUGAAUGUGAUAUAUUGUCUUAAGGGCUGUUCUAGAAAAUUAGGAAAUAGCACCUAUCAAACUGUGACUACUGACAGAACUUGUUUUAGUACCUAACUAUAUAAUUUUAAGUUACCUCAUACUAGUGAUAUACAUUAUGUUUUAAGCCUGUUUUGGUUUAUAAUUUUAUUGAAAUAUUAGUCUAGUCUUUUUUUUACAUUAGAUAACCAGUCUACUGUAUUUUUUACAAUAUUAUCGUGUCUAGUCAUUAAAUUUAUUUUUCUUUAAAAAUAUAACAUGUUACUACUUUAUUUAUUGAUGACUAACUACUUUAUUGAUG